GAGAGCUGAGCCCACAAUCGGUUGAAUCGAUGAUCGAUUGAGUGAUCCAUUCAUUGAUGCAUUCAUUGGUUAGCAUUACUCUAACAUAUCUAACGCAUUGAAAUGGCGUCUCAAGUGGUGACGAGUGGUGUUGUCUCGAGUGAAGUCUCCGGCGAUGACUCUCUGUAUCCGAUCGCUGUCCUCAUCGAUGAGCUGCGCAACGAUGACGUGCAGUUGCGGCUCAACUCGAUCCGCAAGUUGUCGACCAUUGCGUUGGCCUUAGGAGUGGAGCGCACGCGCACUGAACUGAUCCCCUUCUUGACGGACACCAUCUAUGACGAG